GAUGAUAAUGCGCUCACUGCGCAAGAGGACAUAGCUUUUGACAAACAGCAAACAUUUUCAUUCAAGUUAUUAUACGAUCAAUGAACAGUUAAGGUAAAAAGCAUAAGGAGAGAGAAAAGUUUUCCCCAAAUUGCGCCACACUCAAGGAAUAUUCAUUAUUUUUUUGUAUUUCAUGUGUUAUUCAAAUCCAACCGAUUCUUAUUGAGCAACUUUUGUGUGUCUAUUUCAUCAUCAGUCAAUCAUCGCAAGUUAUCCCAAUCAAACAAAUGACUCUCAGCCAAAGUAUGGAUUCAGUGAACAAUGUUCCUGAAGAGGAGGUUCGAACAUUGUUUGUAAGUGGCCUUCCAAUGGACGCAAAGCCUCGAGAACUUUACCUUCUCUUUAGAGCGUAUAAGGGUUAUGAAGGAUCAUUGUUGAAAGUAACAAGCAAAAAUGGGAAAACAUCUUCGCCUGUUGGCUUUGUAACAUUUUCAACUCGUGCCGGAGCUGAAGCUGCAAAACAAGAUCUUCAAUCUGGUGUUCGUUUUGACCCUGACCUGCCGCAAACUAUUCGCCUUGAAUUUGCACGGAGCAACACAAAGGUUAGCAAGCCUAAGCAAAAAGCAUCACCACCAGCUCCAGUCUCACAUCCAUCAUUAGCAGUUCUUUGUCCAACGGAAGAUUGUCAAUUACCUUCACCAUUCCCGAUCCUUCCCAAUCCAAUGACAAAUAUUUUUUACUCUCCUGCUCUUGUUCAACCCUCCCAUUGGCGAUACCUGUAAUAGUAUCUAACCAAAGACAAAUGAUAAUUUUCAACUUGAUGAUAAUAAUGAUAAUGAUAUUUGAAGAUGAUAUUUGUUAGUAAUCCGUGAAACUAAAUAUUGAACGAGGUGAAGAGAAGAAGGAAAUUAAUCAUGGAAAUGAGAAGAAGAUAAGAGAAGAGAUGAAAUUGAUCAAUGAAAGUUAAUUGAUAAUUCAAUUGCCUGUUGACCUUGACCUUAAUCUUGUACAUUUACUAUCAACAAUUGUUGAAAUUAUUAUCAUCAUUAUUAUCAUUACUUCGUAUUAAUAUUGUAUCAAAAUGAUACCUUGACCAAUCAUCAUCACCAAUCAUCCUCAUCAUCAUUAUUCAUUGUUCAUCGUUCAUUAAAUCAUUAUUAAGAAGCAAAUCAAACUGAACCAAAACCUUGAUCAAGACCAAAACAUAGCAAAAGAAGGGAAACAAAAAAAUGGUUUUUUUUUCUUCUUCCUUUGGAUACCAAAAGUAUAGUGAUUCAUCAAUCAACCAAACCUGACGAUAUUCAUCAUGUUACAUGAUUGAACAAUUAAGGAAAAAACAAGAAAAGACAAAAAAUUGAAAUUCUAAGCAUAUCUUCUUUCUUCUUCUUCUGAACAAAUCGGCUCACAGGAUGAAAAAGUUUUGGGUACAAGAAGAGGAAACUUUUUCUUUCUACAUUUUUCUUCUUCUUCUUCUUCUCCUUUUUUUGUCAUUUGAAUAAUAAUAUUAUGAUAAUGUUAAUGAUAAUGAUAAUAACUAAUUACUAAUAAUGAUAAUAAUAAUUAUAAUAAUAAUUAUGAGAAUAACAAUAAUGAUCAAAUCAAUUUGCAAAUCAGAUUGAAAAAUAAUUACCAAAAAAGAUGUUUCAAAACUUUAAUUCAGUUAUCAUGGAUGGAAACAAUUCAUUCAUAAAAUGUGAGAAGCAAAAUUAAACUGGAAAAAAAUGAAGAAUAAAAAUUUAAAUGAAAAUCAUUAUUACUUUUAAUGUACUUGCUAAUGAUAAACAAGUAAAAUUCAUUUUUUAUUAA